CGCUGGUGCAGUGACGUGUCGCGGGGUGUCUGUCAACUUCAAUUGCCAGCAUCAGGAACUGAAUCACCAAUCGUCGUUGCCGGCCACGCUGUCACUCAAAUUAAGGUAGCAAGAUACGAAUUGACUUCCAUGGCUGACUUACUUGGCAGUCCAUCGCCCUGGCUUACCGACUCAAGGGACGGCGCACGGGGUGGCGCGCCUGCAUCACAAGAAUCAAGCAACUAUCAGCUUCUUAGGGCAGCCGUCGUUAAAGCAACCAUGCCUGCCACGCGUGUUAUUACUCGUACCACUCGUCGGGCAACUGCAAGUCCUUCGCCUGCACCAUCGUCAAGGGCUGGAUCACCACGCCCUGCCCAAGGCGCUACAAUAAGGACGACCCCCAUCCCAGCCAGGUACAGCACUUCUUACGGCUCUCCAUUGGCGCAGCUCCCCGACCGGGGCGACGUCAUGGGCGGAGGGGAUGUUACGAAAGCUGCCGCCGAGAUCUUUACGAGAGUUAACAAAGACAAGUUAGCCGCUCAAGAACGACGGCGGGCCAAACAGGAGGCGAGGGCGGCGAGGGCGGCAAACGAGGGCGGGAGAGAAGUUUCUGAGUCUCCAGAACCCCUAGGGAUACGGCCUAGUAUUGAGAAGGAGACGAGCAGCGAGGAAGAUGGGCUUUUGGCUACACGAGCCCCUGAACCUGCACCGCGGAAGAGAACCCGCAAUGAUGAAGAGGCUGAGGCUCGAGUUGAGAAGGAGCGGAAAGAACGCGAUGACCGGUUAAGACGGGAGCGGUCUGCAGAGGCCCAAAAGCGUGUUGCCCAAAAGCUAGCUGAGGCCCAGGCCGAAGCGCAAGCUGCCGAGGAGCAGGAGAUUGCUCGCCAGAAGCAUCUUGCUGAGCAAGCGGCUCGGGAUGCAGCUGCGAGGGCUGCUAUGCCCCCACCCCCACAUCAACCAGUACCUAGGCGGCCAUCCGGCAGCUUGCUCACUCCAGCAAGCCCUCCUUUACCGAACGGUAUCUGGGAACGGCCGUCAUCCGCGCGUAGCUACAUCGAGGAAGGUCGCGUCUUUAAUGACGCAACCGUCCAGACCCCCGCCCGCUCACCACUUGCAGAUAUCCGCCGGCCCGUGGCUCAACCACCAGCAGCCCUGUCGCCUGAACCCGUCCCACCCUCGAGUGAAUUGCGCAAGAGCCCGCGACGUCCACGCACUAGGAUUCAAGAGCCUCAACGGGACAAUUCACCGUCCCCGGAGCGCCGCCGCCGGAUAUCAGUGUCCACCGAAGAGGAGCCGUCAAGUCCGACCAAUGAGGAACAGCCUCAGCACAAGAGUCAAACAGGUCUUCCCAUCGCUUUUAGCUUGGGGCCCGGGUUUCGAAACCGUUUUAAGUCAUAUCCACAACAAUCCCAGAGUGACUCCGGGGGGGCAGACGUUGAAGAACCCGCCAGCGAGACAUUCUUUAGCAAUCGCCCUUCUCUGGCCCAGGCCUGGGAUCUGCUCAGCAUCGAGCGAUUAUUCAGGCCCUGGUCCAUCUUCAAAAUCAUUGCCGGAGGGUUCCUCCUGCUCCAUGCAAUGCGUUUCGCCCACAUUUUAGCCCGACCCGAUAUAUUCGAAUCCCCCGUUUUGAGGCUUAACUGGUACGGCUGGCGGGACUGGACAAGCAACGUUGGGCAGUUUUUCCCGUCGCCGCUACUUCAUCCGCUUGGUGUUCUCAGCCCCGACCAGUACGAUGACUUGAAGGACUAUUUGGAGGACAGGACGACGUCUACUGAGGCCGCAUUGGACAAUCUCAGAGCGAUCAUUCCCAAGAUCGUAUCUGUUCAGAAGGACGCCGGUACUGGCAGGGUCGUCGUAUCGGAGGAGUUUUGGCUUGCUCUCAGAGAUCGGCUCAAACGGGACCAGUCUGUCCUUACCCUAGAUGACAAAAGCCGCAUCUCUGACAAGCAUUGGAACGCUCUACAGGAACGGUUGAAAAGUGCAGGACUUCUUGACAAGACGAUGACACCUGCUGAGGUGGAGGACGUGGUCGAGAAACUCGUGCCACAAUCCUGGGAGAAGUGGGCGCAGAAGAAUCAGCGCAAGGUAGCCGACAUCCUGGGACGGGCCCCGGCACAAGGGAAGCCGUCCAUUCAAGCGGGCGAAGAGUUCAUCAUGACAAGGGACGAAUUCAUCCGCGAGCUGAAGCAGCACGUGGCGCAGAGCAGGGCGCAUAUGGAUAAGGACCUGGACGUUUUGCGGUCUGAACUGCGCAGCUUGGCGGACCAAGUCAAAGCCGCUGCGGCCGCUGCGGGCAUACCCAAGGCCGAGAUUAAGACUCUCGUCCAAAACACGGUUGCCAAAGCCAUCGGCGAUCUCCAGCUCAAGGCGGCCAGCAAGGCUGGCGCAGGGGGUAGCGUUGACGACCCUUUCCGCCGACACGUCAACCACUUCAGCCCGGGCAACGGCGCCCUAGUUGAAAUAUCCCUCACCUCCCCGGUAUUCGCCAUCACCCCUCGCCCCAAGAUCUUCUCCAAGCGGUGGUUCAAAUUCACGCGCAAGACGCCGCAGUUCCAGCACGCCGCUGCCCAGGCCCUCACGCCGUGGGCCGAGGCGGGCGACUGCUGGUGCGCCGGCAUCGCCGCAAGAAACAGCACCACGCCCGUCCCCGCCGACCUGGGGGUUCGCCUCGCGCAGUUCAUCGUGCCCCAAUACGUCGUCGUCGAGCACAUCGAGCCCUCGGCGACCAGGGACCCCCUGGCCAUGCCGCGGGACAUUGAGGUGUGGGCCGCCUACGACAAACCCCCCAGCCGCGGCGGCGUCGGUCCCGGCAACGGCAACGACCGCUUCGACAGGGUCCUUGAUUGGAUGGCGGCCAAAUUCCCCGAGGUCGACCCCUUCAAGCACCGGUGGGCGGCCCAGGGCCUGGCUAAGAUUGGUGCUUUUACAUAUGAGCAUAAGGAGAAAGGCCGGGGUGUGUUCGUGCACAAGCUGUCAGACGACCUUGAGAGGAUGGGCGCUGCCACGGAUAUGGUUGCGCUGAGGGCGGUUACGAACUACGGUGCGAAGGAUCAUACAUGCUUUUAUAGAGUGCGGUUGUAUGGCAAGCCCGUCGAUCAGGAGGGGUGAAGAGACGAGUAGGGUAGGAUGACGGGGUGGAACGGGGAUGGAGAGCAACAUGUUAGAUGUUGUCUCUUCGAAAGGAAGGUACAUUUAUGGAUGGGAUGGAAUGGAACGGCGUCCAGGGGAUUUGGCGUUUUAGGAGGAGGGUCGAUACCACAGGUCACAAGUGUGCUUGCUCUCGGAGAUAGGUGAGAUUGUUCCUCGGAGGAUGGGGUUUCUCGGCGGGGUUAGGUUCCU